CUUAGCAGUUAGCAGUAGCACAAAAUUUACAAGUAAAAACAUCAAAACCACAUGGUAACAAACAAACAAUCAUGAAAACUAAAGGACCUCAACAAGAAAGAAUCUCCCACUAGUCCACAACUCUGUCUGCAGAAACGAGAAAUGUGUGCCACAUUUCCUUUUAUUAAUGCAGUGUCACUAACGAACCGGCGUUGAGUCAUUAUCCAUUUUUGUCUAAAAUUACUAUUUUAAUACCCCAUAAGUUGUUGUGUAGGACCACUUCGCAUAUUUUUUUUCUUUGUCGGUGUGUCGCCGUGGAACACAAAUGACCACUCAAUCUCCGAGGCAAAAGGAACAACACAACACUCAUAAGGCCCACAUGGAAAAAAUUUGUAACACUUGUGGUGAUAUAGGUUUUCAAGAUGCAAUUGUUACCUGCUAUCAGUGUAAAGAUGUUCAAGUUCAUCAGUACUGCAUGAUGCGCUAUUGUGAACAUGCACCAGAGGGUUGGUGUUGUGAAGACUGUGAUAAUGGCAAGGGGGUAAUGUCUUCAUCACAUGGACUAGAAAAUGAGUAUUCUGAGGGAUCCAAGUUACAUGCCUCUGCAAAGAUUUGUCAGAGUACUGUGCAACCAAAGAAACGUACGACGUUUCCUGGUGGGCAUUCUAUUAACUGGGAAAAGGAGGUACAGACUGGGAAAACGAGAUAUCUACCUGUUGAAGAAGCACUUGGUCUAUCAUCAGGCGUCAAGAAAUAUGGAUGUCCGCUGAAAAUUACUGGCUCUUCAAGAGUCGUGAAAACCAAAUCCAUGGCAGCCAUAACUCGAGGGAAUUUUAACAUGCCUAGAGCUCAAAUUUCAAAUUCCAUUCCUGAGAAGAGUACAGUGCAGCGUUCUUUAGGAUCAGCAGGAUAUACGAAACCUCAGAAUCUUCAAAAUGCCAAAAUCACUGAACAGAGCAAAAAACCAGUACAAUCAUCUAAAUGUUCUGGUGGUUCUAUCAUUCUGGAGCUUAGGAGUCCUGAUGCUGUGAAUGCGAGUCGAAUGAUGAUUCCACCUAUGACGCACCCUUGUGAUCCUGCUCGAGUUCCUUCCUGGGAGGGAAGUUUUGACAUCUUAGGUGCUAUGGAAUUUGCACCUGGGAUGUUCAAUAAUUGUAUCCAGGCUUAUCCUCCUUCCAGAAUUAGACGUAAGGUGUAUGAGUUCUCAAGGAUAUUGCCUGAUGCUCUUAAAUUUGAACUAGUGCCGCGUGGGGAUAUCUGGACAAGUCUAUUCAACAAUCAUUGUCCGGGUAAAGAAGAUAUUGGACUGUAUUUCUUUGCAAGUCAGAGAGAAAGGUCUGAGCUAUAUAUUUCUCUGGUGGAGUUCAUGCGUAUCAGAGAUUUGGUGAUGAGAACGCUUAUAAAUGAUGUUGAGCUGCUUGUACUUGCAUCCACAGCCCUGUGCAGUGAUUCUCAAAGAUGGAACAGCGAGAACUUCCUGUGGGGACUAUUUUACCGCGUGAGACAAGAUACAGUCGGAUAUGCUGAAGGGGGCAGCAAUGAAGUGAUUGAUAUGGAGAUAGACAUGAUAGGGGGGGAAGAUGUCUGUACAGCCAAUGAGGUUGACUUGGAGGGUUAUCAAGAUGAGGUUGACAUGGAGAUAGACAUGAUGGCUGGAGAAAAUGUAGGUAUUCCGGACAAUGUUGUCUCAACAACUACUUCCAGAAAUGGCUUUGCUAGAUCUUUAAAAGAAACUGUUACUGCUGCUACCUGCGAUCGGUCUGAAUCAGUUACUCCUCUGGUCUCAAGAUCCUCCGAGGGUUGUAAGGAACUGCCUCAACUAAUCAAAAGGGAGCCUGUUGAUGACUUUCCUCCAGGUUUUAUUCCGCUUUUAACUCCUACUAAAUGAGCGGCAUCAAAUCAUGGUUGCUGCCAGCUUCUUGUAAAUAUCACUGUUUAGUUUCAAUCAAGUUCAUUAGGUAUUGGACUAGCUAAGAUGUUUGAGUCUGAUAAUUAGAUGGAAAAUUGUUGUAAGUACUUCUGUUGUUACUAAUUGUUGUAAGUACUUCUGUUGUUACUAACUUUUGUUAAUGAAAUCAGCAAGUAGGUCUAGUUUGUGAAUUUGUUGGUUGGCUA